AUGACACAAACACAGAGUAGCCAAAAUUUGAAUACAGACUCAGCAGUUGUAAAUCACACGAUGUCCAAGAAAUACAUGUCCCGUCCACCAUAUUGUUUUGGUGAAAUCCCGGACUACACUAUACCACCCAUGACGGUGGAAGAGUACCAAUACUAUGAGAGAGAAUUCUUUGGAUUUCUAGACGACAAACCAGUUGAUAAACAAGUAGAAGCUGAGCCUGGAUUUGUCCAGAGAUUCCUUCAGCUAAUUGGUAUUUCAAAGGUCGCCAAGUAUGAAGAUGAAGUAUCAGAGAUUAAGUUCAAUGUUCAUCAUGUAAUGGGGAAUAACGAACCUUCCAACUCUAGACUAAGUGGAACGGCUGAUUGUCUGAACGGUGGAGCUUCUGCUAACGUUGUAAGAACGGCAAACAAGGCCACACAAACUGAAGAGGUUGUAAAAACUGAUCAAGGAGUUCAAACAGAAAAGUGUAAAAGAGGGUUUUUAAAAUCUUGCAGACGAUUCAUUCGAAGAUCUUUUAAGUGCCUCAAGACUGCUGAAGAAUAA